GGGAAGGGGAAGUUUGGAGGGAGGUCUCGGAGGAGCCGGGCUGGCUGGGGGAAGCAGCACAGCUGCAACACCUGAGACCUGGUCUCUUCCUAUGCUCACCAGCGUGUCCUGAGCUAUGAGCCAAACCAGGGAUUUCCAGGGAGGGAAAGCCUUUGGACUGCUGAAGGCCCAGCAGGAAGAGAGGCUGGAGGAGAUCAACAAGCAAUUCCUGGAUGAUCCCAAAUAUAGCACCGACGAGGAUCUGCCCUCCAAACUGGAAGCCUACAAGAGGACGGCCCACCCUAACUCUGCUGCUCUCCCCUGGCUCAGAGAAAUACAUGGAGUUCGACCUGAAUGGAAACGGAGACAUCGAUAUCAUGUCCCUGAAGAGAAUGCUGGAGAAGCUUGGGGUCCCCAAGACCCACCUAGAGCUAAAAAAAUUAAUUGGAGAGGUGUCCGGUGGCUCUGGGGAGACAUUCAGCUACCCUGACUUUCUCAGAAUGAUGCUGGGCAAGAGAUCUGCCAUCCUAAAAAUGAUCCUGAUGUAUGAGGAGAAAGCAAGAGAACAGGAGAAGCCAACGGGUCCCCCAGCCAAGAAAGCUAUCUCUGAGUUGCCCUAAUGGCAGCGUGGCGUGUGUGGGCACGUGCAUGUGUGAGGGGGCAGACAUGAUGUGUGCAUGGUGGGUCAAAGGGAUUUUCAUGACCCCCAACAUAGAAAAAGACAAAAUCAUGAGCCAGAGUCAAACUAAAUUAAAUAAAUUAUCUUUCCCUUCCAA